AAUUAACCAAAUAAUAAAAAUUCAUAAAAUGAAUUUUCAAAUUUUGCCAAAGAAAAUUUUGUAUUUUCUAAUUAUUUUAAAGAUUUCAAAUGAUUUUGAGUUAUGCGAAUAAAUAUUGCAUUUCUGUGGUAUGUUAUGAUAAUAUAAGUGUGCCGUAAAUAUUUUUGAUUUACGCAAGGGGAGAAACGAUUUUGCCUCUGUGAAUUCAAUCAUAAAAUUGGAAGAUAUUGCACACGUGGUGGGAGUAUUGAGAAUUGAGAAAAGAGAUUGCAUUACAAAGUCUUGAAAUAACUUUAGUAUACUUCCAGAGGGUUUUCGAGUGUAUUCCAGAGUGUAGUCUCGUAACUGAGCUUAUUUUAUAAAGAGAUCAGUUUCUUUUAAUCCUCUUCUUCCUCUCUCACUCUCUUUCUUCUUUAAAAUCACACAUCUCACAUAAUUUAAAGCUGAAACGCUCAAUGUACAAUAAAGUGGAAUUAAAAUUUAUAUUUCGGAAAAAACUCAUUUCUCUCUUUUACAAAAUUUAUGGAAAUUCAAAAUAAAAAAAAAUUAUUAGCAAAAUGUGAACAUAUGCUGGAUGCUCUUUCGCUAAGAUUCUAAAAUGCGGGGAAUUAAUUUUAGAGCAUUCAACAUUAAGGAGAUGAUACAUUACUACUACUGCUUACAAAUUAUCACUCAUAAAUAACACCCACACCUUCGAUGGAGGAGAAUGAAGAAAUUUGGAUGGACGAUUUGGAAUCGGGAAGUAUUUCCUCAGAAAAUAGUUCAAAAUCGGGUGCACGUCCAAAUCAUAGGCAGAUGUAUCAGCAUCAAGUCUGGCGGGAAGAUGAUGUCAUUCGUGCCAUAUCGGAUCUGCCAGCUGGGGAAAUUGCUCUUUCACAACUAUCGACACUCAAUGGAGAGCAAUUGGAAAAGAUUCUCGAAGAAACACAAAAACUCGAUUUUUCCGAGACAAAAGUGAAAAAUCAAAUGCUGCUUAUUCCUCGAUUUGCCAAUGGUGGAAUAAGAAAAGCGUCAAUAGCGGCCGAAAAUGAAUCGGCGGCAACGGCAACUCCAGAAGAAUUACUAUCGAAAUGGCCAAAUACCUGUCUCUUGGUAUCGACAUGGUUGGGACAAAUAGAACUGGUGAAAUUACUUUUGGAAAAAGGCGCCGAAGUUUCGUUUCGUGACAACGAUGGAAGGACGUCACUUCAUCUUGCGGCUUGUAUCGGAUCGGAGAAAAUAGUCCAAGAAUUAUUGAGAUACGGCGCAGAUCCAAGUGAAUGGGAUUUUCAUAGAACGUGCACGUCGUUGCAUUGUGCGGCAGCUUCCGGCGAUGUUGAAACUGUGAAAAUUCUCCUAGAAGCCGGGGCUGAUGUCAAUGCAGGAAUUAUGGGAAGAAGUCCUCUGCACUACGCCGUUCUCAGCAAUAAUUCCAAUUGCGUUGAAACACUUCUCAAAGCUGGGGCGUCGCCGAAUAAUCCUCAGGUGUACACGGAAACUCCGUUGCACGUGGCAGCGAGUCUGGGAUCAGCGACAUGCGUGAAUCUUCUUUUAUGCUUCGGAGCCGAUGUUCGUGUUCAAAUGGGAGCGGCAAGAUCGACGCCCCUACAUUUGUCGGCAGAGGAAGGCAGUGCGGAGUGUACGAAACUUCUCCUCGACUAUCAGGCGGCUCACGAUGCUAAAAAUUCAAAGGGCCAAACACCAUUGCAUUUGGCAGCUCUGGCACAAUCUGCCGAGACUAUGGAGAUUUUAAUUUCCAGAGGAGCGAACGUUAAUGAAGAAGACGUUGAUGGGAGAACUCCGCUGCACGCCGCUGUCGCCAAAUCCAUUCGUGGAAGUGAACUGGUCAAAAUGCUCAUACAGGCCGGAGCGGAAAUAAACAAAGCGGACAAAUUCGGCUACACACCAUUGCACAUUGCAGCAUUGAGCGAAAGUUCCUCGACAGUGAUGCUCCUGGUUGCAAAGGCAGCCGACGUCACGGCCCGAACAAAAGGCGGAAUAUCAGCUCUGAGUUUUAUAAUUCGUCGAACUCCCGACAUUCUUCCACGAUUUAUCGCGAGAUUAGAUCAGGCAAUUUCCCUCCACGAUCAUGAAUUAGGCGACGUCGAUUGUGAAUUACGUCUCGAUUUUCGUGCCCUCGUUCCUGGUGGACGUGGCGAAACGGACCUGAUGCUCUGCCUCGUGGAAGUUGGCCAACGACACGUUCUCAAACAUCCAUUGUGCGAGAGUUUUCUCUAUCUCAAAUGGUUGAGAAUAAGAAAAUUUUUUCUCUUCAGUCUCAUUUUUCAUUCGAUAUUCGUCGCCACAUUCACCAGUUACAUUGCCUUUACAUUCUUCUGGAAAUUCACGCACAUGAGCGAUAUUUUCUUCUGGCCAGUGAUUAUGUUCACAAUUAUUUUGGCCUGCAAGGAAAUCUUUCAAUUGGCCCAUGGCGUUUGUAGUUAUGCGAAAGGAUGGGAAAAUGUCCUUCAAUGGAGUGUUAUCAUAACAUCGGGAAUUAUUUUAUGUCAAGUUUCAAAAGCUUGGCAUCAUCAUAUUGCGGCUCUUGGUAUUUUACUCGUUUGGGUCGAAUUAAUGAUGGUCGUUGGUCGUUUUCCCAUGUUCGGUAUCUACGUUCAAAUGUUCACUCAAGUGGCAUUAAAUUUCUUCAAAUUUCUCGGCGCUUACAUGAGUUUAAUCAUUGGCUUCUCAUUGAGUUUCAGUGUUCUUCACGAUAAUUACAAAUCAUUCAAAAAUCCCCUCGUCGGUCUCUUAAAAACCAUAAUCAUGAUGUCCGGUGAACUAGAAUUCGAAGACGUAUUUUUCGACGAGGAGGCAAGAAUUCUCUAUCCAGGAACUGCGCAUCUUAUGCUUUUGGCAUUUGUCAUUCUCGUGACGAUAAUCCUCACAAAUCUAAUGAUGGGUCUCGCCGUCUCUGAUAUUCAGGAAUUGAGAAGAUGCGCCGGAUUGGAUAGACUAAUUAGAAGAGCGCAAUUAGUGGCGCAUUUGGAAAAUUUAUUAUUCUCGAAACUUUUGGAUUUUGCGCCAAAGAAAAUUGUGAAGGUGUGUCGUUCGGGUGCUUUGUUACUUCAUUUACCGCAUCAUUGUGCAAUUCACAUACGUCCAAAUGAUCCACGUGAAAAUCGUUUGCCAAGGGAUUUAAUAAAGAGUGUCUAUCGAUUGGUGAGUGAACGAAGGAAUAAAUUUAAGAAACCGGGAAUUUCCUUGACGAGAAGUGCAAAUGAUAUUGAAAUGAGUGAUGGGAAAUUAAAUCGACUUUAUAGUAGUAAUUCGGUGAAUGACAGUAAUCGACAAUUGAGCGAAAUUGCCAAUGAAUUGAAGAGAUGCGCUCAGACAAUAAGUUCGCGUUUAGAUUCACUCACAACUAAAGUUGAAUAUAUUGCCAGGGAAAUUGAUCUAUCGAUAACUAAUUAAAAAAAAAUUGUUUAUUCUCACUGGAAAUAAAUUAUUGAAAAAGGAAUAUUUCUAUUUUUUGGAAAUUUUAAUCUUCAAAAUCAUUUGUAUUGAAAACGAAAUAAAAAUGAAAUAAAAAUAAAAUAAAACAAAAAG